AUGGGCUUCCUAGGCCUGUUCUUCACGGCCGGUGCUCUUCUGUUGAUGUUCCUGACUUUUUUGGGCGGAGCGAGAAACUCGCGCCCUCUGAACGAAAUCUUCUUCCUGCAGGUCGACACAAGCAAUAUUCCAGGUGCACCAUCCUUAUCUCGCUGGACUUUCUGGGAGAUAUGUGCAGUGUCGGCGAAUGGAAAAAACCAAUGCGGAUCGUCUUACCCAGACUUCCCAUUUGAUCCCCCGAGCCAGCGCAACUUUGGCACCACUGAGAACAUUCCCUCUGCUUUCAUCGGCACGAACCACUACUUCCUCACAUCGCGGUUCUCGUUCCCCUUCCUCAUCAUCGCGCUCUUCUUCGGCGUGGUGUCGCUGUUCACUGGGUUCCUGGCCAUGUGCACGCGCAUUGGAAGCUAUAUCUCUUCGCUGAUGGCUUGGAUCGCCUUGAUCUUCCAGAUCAUCACGACUUGCCUUAUCACUGCUGUCUACGUCCAAGGUCGCAACAAGUUCAACGCCAAUGGCCAGAGCGCCAGCGUGGGUGUCAAGGCUUUCGCUUUCAUGUGGACCGCUGUGGCUUGCCUGCUGCUUGCAUGCAUGUUCUAUUGCAUGGGUGGUGCUGUCGGACGCAAGGAGAGGGGAUACAGUGGCCGUGAGCACCGUCGCCGGGGCUUCUUCUCGUCCGCACGCUCAAACAGCGUAAGAAGCAACAAGGAGACUGCGCCAUAA